AUGAACCCUAACACCGACCUUGAAGCAAGCAUGUGCGCUCCGCCUCCGAUCUUUGGCCAAGAGGCCCAUAAAAUCGAGUUUUGUGCAACCUUACAGGACAUAUUCGGGGAGCGUUACGAGCUCGAAAUCCUCCACGAUACGCUGUGGCCAUCUGCAGUCAGGAAUGGUGUAGAUGUGACCUCAUUUGGGGCGCUUUAUCGUCGACACACCUCGGCGCUGAUCGCUGCACUGAAACUCUACGUUGCGCUUUACAAGGCCCCCGGAAAGCUGUGUUUCAACUACGCAGUCUCACGACGCAAGAUUGUUUUCGAAGUAUGCCAGCUUGGAGAAACCGCCCUAAAUGGUUUGGCAGCCGCCGCUCGCUCCGCCAACUUGCUCGAGGGAUGGGACCUCGUGACUCUCCACUCGAUAGACUUCGAAUACGACGAUACCCGGAUCCAGGCUGCCCGGGCGGCGAUGAGCGAGCGCAUUGGGAUGAAGGUCGUGUUGGAUCCCAACUGGACCGAGUUUCACCGGGAUCUGAGGGCAGCGCACGUGCAGCCUGGGGACGACCUUCUAGACCAUCUUGGGCGCUAUGCGCUCCUCUCUUUCGAGGAACUCAGCGCAGACAUCCAAGGUUACCCAAUGUUUCACGACGCCAAUGUCAUAGCGCGGCUCAAAGAGCGAGUCUAUACCGGCAUUUUCAAACUACGCUUCCUACCAGAGGCCGCCAGUGUUUGGGCAGUCGAGAAUGGCGUCGCUAGUCUCCAGGUAACAUUUCUCAACCCAUAUAUCCUUCUGAAACCGAAUUCCUCAUGGCCAGCUAGGGACAUGAUAGUUACUCCUCAAACUUACCUUUACCCCGAUGGAUGGGAUCGCUCGCAAGUUAUGCACCCUGGCUGCAUUGACGAUUGGCUAGUGUCUUCGCUCGCCUCUAUCGUGGGUUGGAACCCUUUUGAUACGACCAAAUAUUCGACCGCCUUGGUCCGUUUGCGCAUCCCCGUCAGCCAGCGGCACAGAUUUGAGCGCGUCCUGCCCGAGAUCAGAGCCGAGCUGGGGUCAAUAUUUGCAGCACAAGGAAUGCCGGAAGAUGCACAGCAGUGGUUUCUCAAGCUCAUCGACUACAACGUCCCCAACGGCAAGGCGAAUCGCGGUCUUUCGGUCGUCGAGUCGGCGGAAAUCAUCCGCGGCGGGUAUCUCUCCAAAGACGAGUUCUUCAAGGCGGCGGUUUUGGGAUGGGCUGUCGAAUUUCUUCAAGCGGCCUUGCUGGUGUUGGAUAACAUUAUGGACGGGUCGACGACAAGAAAAGGGCAGGAGGUUGGCAGCAUCGACGCGCUCCUGUUGGAGACGGCAAUUUACCAGCUGCUGAAGCGAUUCUUUCGACGCGAUGUGGCAUAUGUCGAAUUGCUGGAGUUGUUUCAUGACGUGAGUGGGUCAAAAAACAUCGGACCGGUCUCUUAUCUGGUGCAGACGACGUUUCAGACCGCGACGGGGCAGUUGCUGGCAAAGAAUGCGAAUAUGACUAUGGACAGGUUCCGCCUUGUCGCGCAGUACAAAACGGCUUACUACUCGUUCUACCUCCCCGUUGCCCUCGCGAUGACCCUCACAGGUGUCCCCAAAACACACGUCUCCCGCUCCGUGUGGUCGCCCGGGACCUUCUAUCCCUACGAGAUUGCCCACUCGAUAGCGAUGCCGCUCGGGAUCUACUUCCAUGUUCAAAGCGACUUUCUUGACUGCGUGGGGACCCGGAAGCGCACGGGCAAAGUCGGGAGGUGCUCAUGGUGUGUCAAUGCGGCGCUUUCGCUAGCGAACCCGGAGCAGAAGGAAAUCCUGGAGAGCAACUACGGACGGAAAGACAUCGAGGGGAUGCAGGGCGUGUUUGAAGAGGUGGGCCUGCGCGAGCACUACCAAGAGUAUGAGGAGAACAUCCACAAGGAGGUGAUGGCGCUGAUUGACAGCGGAAUUCCGGAGGAGGGCAUCGCGAACUUGAAAAGAGAGCUCUUCGUCCGUCUGCUGCGGAAGGCAUCCAAACGGGCUGAGGUCGAGUACUAG